AUGAAGGGCUUUUUAAGGGCACCGUUAUUGGUGGUAGUGGGGUGGGCAAGUCUUGCACAGGGAUAUCAACAUGUUCCUAAAGAUUUGAGUGAUAUCAUUGCGGCUCUCGAAGGAGCACAAGGUGGAAAGGGAGAGGUGACGACAGUGACAGCGGCAGCGGCAGCGGCAGCGGUGAAGACAGUGACGGCGGCAGCGGUGACGAAGGAGAUCACAAUGACGAUGACUGUCACGAAAAGCAUUCAGGGAGCUGCUGUACAGGCUGCAGGAACUGGUGGCCAAUUCUCUUUCCUCACUUCGACCGUCUUUGCAUCCGGCGCUCCGCCUACCGUCACCGUAACCCCCAUACCUCAAAUGAUUACCCAAACAGUAACCGAGCAAGUAAUGGUUACUAUGAUGGCUACGCAAAUGUCGGUGGUCACAUCAAUGGUCACUAUGACUAUGAUGCAAACAAUUACCAUGAUGGUAUCAGUUACCAUGCAAGGAGCUACAACUGUAGCAUCAGCUAGCACCGCACUAUCUCAAGCGGCGAUUCAGGGAGCUACAACAGCUACAACUAAAGCAUCAGCUAGCACCGCACUAUCUCAGGCGGCGAUCCAGGGAGCCACCGUAGCAAGCGUCACCACAUCGGCUGUAUCAUCGGCUGUAUCGCAAGCGGGCGCAUCAUCAGCUCCUGUACUUGGAGCUGCACAAGUCGCGCAACCAAGUCCUGUGGAUAUCAACACAUUCUCCUUGUCCAGCAGUUUAGUCCUUGGUAAUCUUGCUGUGUCGACAUCGGUCUGA